AUGAUUGUCAAUUUCUCAAUCUCCAUCAUCCUCUUCCUCUCUAUCUUCACAUCCUCAGCUAACGCCGAUGCUUCCCUUUCCGUUUCACCCAACACUCUCAAACGAUCUGGCGAUAACGUCACCAUCCAAUGGUCCGACGUCGACUCACCUUCCAAUCUCGACUGGCUAGGCAUCUACUCCCCUCCAGACUCUCCUCACGACCACUUCAUCGGCUACGAAUUCCUCAACGCUUCCUCCACGUGGACGUCCGGUUACGGAUCGAUCACCCUCCCCCUCACCAACCUCCGAUCGGAUUACGCCUUCCGGAUCUUCCGGUGGACGCAAUCCGAGAUCGACAGCAAACACUUGGACCACGAUCAGAACCCUCUGCCCGGAACGAAACACCUUCUGGCCGAAUCCGAGAAGGUGAGUUUCGGAUCGGCAGUGGAUAAGGCGGAGCAGAUCCACCUGGCGUUCGAGAACAAGCCUAACAGGAUGCAGGUCACGUUCGUGGCCGGGGACGGGGAUGAGAGGUUCGUGAGGUACGGAGAGGCGAAGGAUAUGCUGGGGAACUCCGCGGCGGCGCGUGGGAUUAGGUACGAUAGAGAGCAGAUGUGCAAUGCUCCGGCUAAUUCCAGCAUCGGGUGGAGAGAUCCCGGGUGGAUUUUUCAUACCGUUUUGAAGAAUUUGAACCCGGCCGUUAGGAACUACUAUCAGAUUGGGAGUGAAGCCAAGGGAUGGAGUGAGAUCUAUAGCUUCAUAUCUCGAGACAUGUACGCACAAGAAACGAGAGCUUUCAUAUUUGGAGACAUGGGUUGCGCUACACCUUACAGAACCUUUAUCCGCACGCAACAAGAGAGUAAAUCAACCGUGAAGUGGAUCCUACGUGACAUUGAAGCUCUCGGUGACAAGGCAUCUUUUAUUUCACAUAUUGGAGAUAUAAGCUAUGCUCGUGGCUACUCGUGGGUGUGGGAUGAGUUCUUUGCUCAGAUCGAGCCUAUCGCCUCCAAAGUUCCUUACCACGUCUGCAUUGGCAACCACGAGUAUGACUUCCCCGCUCAGCCUUGGAAGCCUGAUUGGGCAGCUUCCAUUUACGGAAACGAUGGUGGUGGUGAGUGUGGUGUGCCGUAUAGUUUGAGGUUUAACAUGCCUGGGAACUCAACAGAACUCACGGGAACUAAAGCUCCUCUGACGAGGAAUCUAUAUUACUCUUAUGAUGCCGGGUCGGUCCAUUUCCUUUCCAUCUCCACGGAGACGAAUUUUCUUGAAGGUGGGACUCAGUACGAGUUCAUAAAACGAGAUCUAGAGUCUGUGAACAGGAACAAGACUCCUUUUGUCGUCGUGCAAGGGCACAGACCGAUGUACACUACGAGCAACGAGGUUAGAGACACGACGAUUAGACAAAAGAUGUUGGAGCAUUUGGAACCGCUGCUUGUGAAGAACGAGGUGACGCUUGCUAUAUGGGGACAUGUUCAUAGAUACGAAAGGUUUUGUCCGAUAAGCAACAACACUUGUGGCAAGCUGUGGAAAGGGAGCCCGGUUCAUCUCGUGGUCGGUAUGGGUGGUCACGAUUGGCAAUCGAAUUGGGCGGUUAGACCGAACCAUCCGGAUCUUCCUAUAUUCCCUCAGCCUGAAGAAUCAAUGUACCGGACGGGUGAGUUUGGGUACACUCGCCUGGUUGCAAACAAAGACAAGCUCACCGUUUCCUUUGUGGGUAACCACGACGGAGAAGUCCACGAUACGGUUGAGAUGUUAGCAACUGGUGAAGUAAUCAGUGGGAGCAGAGACGAUUUUAAAAGCUCAGAUGCUGCGACCGCUCCUGCACCUGUGGAAGUAACAAGUGGGAGUAAAGACGAUACUGAAAGCCCAAACGUUCAGACAGUUCCUUCAUCUGCAACAUUUGUGGAAAAAUCUGAAGCUAGUGAUGGCUCGUGGUUUGUCAAAGGAGCAGGGUUGGUGGUUAUGGGUGUGGUGUUAGGGUUCAUUGCUGGGUAUUUUACGGGGGUGAAGAAAGGAUCUUCAGCUCGUAACCGUUGGAUCCCAGUCAAGAGCGAGGAGAUUUAAUAUUAAAAAAGUGAAUCUAUUUAGGCGCACGUUUUGUGUAUAGUAUCUUCUUCCCCACGGUAAGGGAGCAUAAGUUUUAGUGGUACAUUAUAAUAAUACUGGUUCUUCCGAGAAUCCCUCUUGCGAU